AUGUAUUAUUAUUUUUUAUAAGUAAGAAUAUUUUAUUUUAUUCAAUAUUGCAAUAUAAUCAAUAANGGAGAUGGAAGGGGAAAUCAUAGAAUUUGGAUUGAUGAAAAUCUAAAGGGGAAUGCUACUUGCAGAAUAAAUAAUUAAUGUGAUUUAACUUAUGAAAUGGGAUAUCUAUUAGAACCACAUAUUGAAUUCCUUAAUGUAGAUAUAUAUAUAUUAAUAUUCUAGUUAACUUGUAUAGAAAUUUGGAGUAUUGAGGAAAAGGAAGUUAAUCCAUUGCUUCAUUUAUAGAGUAAGAUCGUUGAAGCAAACAAAGAAGAUAUGCAAUCAAAGGAUGUUGAACAAUAGAAAGAAAGUGUAAAUGAGUAAAAAUGAUAGAGG